AGAGCCCUAGAGAAGCCCCACCGAAGCGAUUGUGGUUUUUGAUUAAUUUUGAGCCAAGCCCCUUUGGCCCUCCAUUUCUCUCUCAAAGUAUAUACAACAAAAAUUGUGUAUCGCCAUUGAAGAGCUGCUGCAGAUGCAGGCGAGCUCACUCAUCGCCCUCUCUCCUAGCUCUCCCAGCUUCAACGCUUAUUCUUCUGGGAGGCUCGCUGAGAUUGCAGCUAGAGUUGUCCAAGAAUUCUCUAAUGAAUCCCAAGAUGACUCCGCCUUCUUCUCUUGGAAGCAAGAGGGACUUUUACAUGAAGGACAAGACCAUAAGAAACUCGAUCACGACGCUGAUGAUGACGACGGGGAAGAGUUCGAGUUUGCAAUUGUUUGUACACAGCCGGACUCGUUGGCCAUUUCGGCUGAUGAGAUCUUCUAUAACGGCCAGAUAAGGCCAAUUUAUCCGUUAUUCAACACCGCGUUGCUCAUAGACGACCGAGAAGAUGAAUUAUCCAAACCAUCAUCUGCUGUCUCCGGCGACAAACCAACCAAACCCAUCAGAUUACCGUUGAGGAAACUCUUCAAUGAAGAGCGAGAAACGACGUCCUGCUCUUCUUCGGAAGCCGACGACCUGGAAAGCGUGCCGGCUGGAAGUUACUGCGUAUGGACUCCAAAGAAGGGAAAGGAAACCCCUGGAAGGUGCAAGAAGAGCAGCUCCACUGGGACUUCGAAGAGAUGGAAGUUUCGAGACUUGCUUUACAGGAGUAACAGCGACGGAAAAGAUACAUUCGUGUUCUUGACGCCGGCAAAGAAGAGCAGUGAAAGAGUAAUGGAGGAUGAAGGUAAAGAGAACAAAGAGAGAUACAAGAACGGGAAAGCAAUGGACAAGGAGCAUUACGUGAAGAACAGAACCCUCAAGGAAGAGGAGCAUAAACGGCGUUCCUUCCUACCGUACAGGCAGGACUUGAUUGGUUUUUUCAUCUAAUAAUGUCAAUGUGUUGAGCAAGACUGUUCAUACAUUUUGAAAGGUCGAUUUAUUUUUCGUUAUUAUUUGUUUUAUUUGUGUGAGUUUUUUUUUUUUAAUUUUUUUUCUAGGGAGGGAAUUUUAUGAUAUAUCAGUCUUUUAAGUAUAUAUAUAUAUAUAUAUGGUUGCAUGUAAAUUAGUAGA